AUGGCGACUCUGCUCCCCAGCAGCGUGUCGGCCUACCUCGAGAGCUACACGGCGUCGCUUCCGGACCGGGUCUCCGGGCUGAAUGCAACGCACGUGUCCCCCACGGAGCUGCUGUACAACUGGAUCCCGCUCCUGGGCGCCACGGAGAUCGGCUCCACGGACUUCUCCAUCCUCAAGGGCUACGAGCUCUGGAUGGACGACGGCUUGGGAGGCAAGUUCUCCCGCACCUACGACGGCUACAACAAGCCCUUCGAGACCUACUUUGUGGCCACAGGGUUGGUGCCGGGCCGCACCUAUCGGGCCUACGUCCGUGCAGUCAACGUCGUUGGCUCUGGCGCCGACUCCGACGUGUUGUACCGGGCCAUGGCUGUGGAGCCCUCGGCGCCCAGCGACCUCCAGGUGGCCUCGGCCGGUGCAGAGGAGGUCCUCUGCAGUUGGAAGCCACCGCAGGACAACGGCGGGGAGCCCGUCCUGCACUACGUCCUGGAGUACGCGCCGGAGCCGCUCUUCAACACCUGGCAGGAAGAUGGGCCCUACCCGGACAACACGCAGUUUACAAAGACGAUCUUCAACCUGGGGCAGGGGCUGGUGUAUCAGUUCCGGAUCCGGGCCGUCACCAAUGCCGGAGGUGGCUCCUACUCCAACGUGGUGUCCCAGGUCGUCGGCACCGCUCCGACGGCUGCGCCCAGCGGCCUCACGAGGGCCUCCACCACCUCGGUGUCCCUGACCUGGGCCUGGUCGCCACUGCCCGUUGCGCAGACCGGUGGGGCCCCCUUGGGCGGCUACCGCCUCUACAUGAACACUGGCCGGGACGAUGUGACCUCCUUGGUCUACGACGGCAGCGACAAGCCGUCGGCCACGGAGUUCACGGCGACCUCCUUGGUCUGUGGCAGGGUCUACAAGGCCGAGGUCUCCGCCGUGACGAGCAUCGGGGAAGGCCCGCGCAGCUCCAUGGCGGCUUUCAAGCUGGCGCACACGCCCUCGCAGCCCCGGUCGGCGCGAGUGUUAGCCAGCAGCACGGGCUCCAUCACGCUGGCCUGGGACAUCCCGGAGAGCACGGGCUGCACGGAGCUCGAGUACUACCGCAUUGAGCGCGACGUGGGUCAGGGCUUUGAGCCUGUCGCCAAUGUGUCGACACCGAUUCAAACUUACACCGACACCGGAGACUUGAGUCCUGGCCAAAUGUACAUCUACCGCAUCGCGGCCCGCAACGAUGCUCUGGAUUACUUCGGACCACACAGCUCGCAUGUCACUGCAUUUGCGGCCUCGCUUCCUGGCAUGCCUCGCAACCUGGGCUACGUCACGUCCACCAGGACUGCCAUCACGCUCAUGUGGGAUCCUCCCACAGACACGGGAGGGGCAAUGGUGGAUUUCUAUCGGGUACAGGCAGAUGAUGGUUUGGGAGGUGCCUUCGGCGACGUGGCGGUGGUGGCAGGGACCUACACCACCAUCGAGUACCUCACGCCCGGGCGGCCCUACCGUUUCCGUGUUGCUGCUGAAACCGUGGUCGGCACCGGUCCCUACACCGCCGUCUUCCAGCAGGUGGUGGCAGCAGUGCCGUCAAAUCCCCAAACGCCCAUUGUGGAGACGAUCGCCGGAUACACGGACCGCGUGCGCGUCACCUGGGCGGAGCCUUCGGACAACGGCGGUUCGCUCACGCUGGGGUACAAGGUCACCUUCGACGGUCAAUGUGAUCGCUACGACGGCACCAGCGUGGCUUCCAUCACCUCAGCACCUCGGUUUGCAUUGGAUCUCUCAGCUCUUUCGUUGCUGUGUGGCGUGGUGGCGUGCCCCGUGUGUUUAAAUCAGGUUCAGAUCAUCUGCGUCACGGGCCAGCCGGACACCCAGAUUCGCUGA